AUGUCUGCAGAAACCGAAAAAUAUUGUGCCAAACAAUUUGAUAAGUUGUGUUCUGAUGUGUCCGAUUUCUACAAUAGUGUAACAAAGAGUGCGUCUAACAACAUUGAACAAUCUGAUGAUUCUUCUGUUGAUCAAUCAGUUAACAACGAGCAAGGUUCAGUAAUUGCUGCUAAUGUUCGAGUUAAAACUAAUGCUUCAGUUCGAGUGCAUGAAUAUGAUUACAGCCCAAAUAAAUUACGGAUUAAACAAUUGAUACUUUCACGAAUUUCAUCACUUCAAAAUAUCAAUCAAUAUUAUUUGAAAGUAUCAUAUGUUAUUCCAGAAAUGUAUAAAUGUACAGCGUUGAAAAAGAAAUAUUUAAAAGCUAUAAUACUCACUGACAAUGAACAAGAGUCACACAUUCAUCCAAACUAUAAGUUUAUAAUUGAUGAAGAAUCAGUUGAUUCAAUAUUAAUUCAUGUUGAUCAAUAUGAACCUACGUAAGUGUAUCUGUAAUUUUAUUUUCAUAUCGAUAAUUGUAAGAGAACUUAUGUAAAAUAGAAAAAAGGAAAACUCAUCAAAAUAAAAGAACCGAAUUUUUUUUUUAUUGUGCUCUCGUUACUUUUUUGUGUAAUAUCUACAGAUUGUAUUUUUUGUAGUGUAAUGUUCAACAUUACCAAACGUACUGUCGAGGAAUGUGAAAUCGAUUUCAUAUUAAAUCAAAGUCUUCCAGUUUCGUCUUCGACUAGUCCAAGUACGUAAACUUUUCUUUUAAAUACCUGCGUUCAUCUGUUCUUCAUCUUUCUUCUAUUUACAGCGGUUCGGACGAUAACAUUGGAUAAUUCUAGCAUGAAUACUUUUCGAGUACAGUUGCAACUAUGUGAUUACUCAAACAAUAAUGUUGUUACAUAUCCAAAAUCAACUGUUAUAUCCGAUCCAGUAAUUGAUGGCGAGUUUUGUUGCUUAAUUUACAUUAUUUAUAAUUUAAACUUUACUUACAGAUUUUACUUCUUCUGAAGAAAAUAUUGCUUCUCCAUCGCCAGUAAAUGACAACUUAACAGAGGCUAGUCGAGAUCAAUCAUCAGCACAUAUAAAACGGUCAUUCGAGAAAGAACCUCAUGAACGUACUAGGUGAGUUUUUUCUUAAUUGUUUUGGUAUCAUAUUAACUAUCAAUUUGAAUUUUUUCAUUUUUUAGUUCACCAUUGUUGAAAACUCAAAAGCAUGCGUAAUUUUGGCCACUGUGAUAUUUGAUUUGAUCAAAUGAAAAAAAAAACUUGAUUCUUUUUUAAUGUUUUUAUUUCAAAAAUAAUAAACAACAUAUUAGUGACUAUGAGUCAAUAAAAAAAAAGGAUUAUUUUAUUUAAAUAAAAAAUAAAACAUAAUUAAAUUGUCUUCAUUUAAAAGUUAUUAAUUACCAUUGACUAAGGCAUAGCCUAAAAAAAUGAAAAGUAUAGUAAAAAAUAUAUUAAAGACAUUGUCAGAUAUUGCCCUGCAGUGUUUCAUUUAGGUUUUUUUUUCGAGUGGAUGCCGCCCCUCCAACUCACCCAGUAGAUAAAUCACUGAGCACAUAGGCACAAACUUUUAUCACAGCUGUCAGUAGGCUACUUUUUUUUCUGAACUGGCCUAGUUCGAAAUGCCUGCAGGUUGAUGGAUACUUCUGAUUUUACGAAUACAUUUAAUUCCAGAACUCUGCAUUAAUGUAUCAUUCUAAUUAUUCACGUGUUUCCAUAAAUAUAAUAUAAUAAAAAUUCUUGCACGAAAUAAUAAAUUAAAGCAAAGCUUUUGAUCAUAUUAGUUCUGUUUCAUAAAAUCUAAAAGAAAUGCAGUCAUGACAGGACAAACAACAUUUAUUAGAUCUCUAAGAAAGAGAUAAAAGAAAAUGCAUAACGAAAAUGAGGAGAAUAAGCAAGGACAUUUACAUUUAACAAUCAAUUUUCACAGUAGCACGAGCGAAAAAUUCAUCAUCUAUUUGCUUUUGAUCUAAAUAUGUCCUAUGACAUUAAAUUAACCUUGGGUUCAAGUAUUUGUUGCUGAAUUCGAAUGAAUUUCUCCAAAUACUCUCGAAGAGUAAGGCGAUAUGUCAGCGUAUGGGUUUCAAAACGUAAGAACUAAGUAGUUCAACAAAUCUGGCCUGGCAGACAGUUCUGAUUCGUAUAGACUUCUGCUAAUAUGCAAAAUAUCAGUUCAAUUAAUAAAUCACAGUUAGGAACCUUUCCUUGUAAAGCAUGUCUUAUUCUACAGAAUCAUUUUUUUUAUUGCUAUCAAAUCUAUAUUGGCAAUAAUAAUAAGUGAUUGCUUCAAUUUUCAGUGUUACGAUAUUUAGAAAAGUCGCAUUUGUUUUUACAUAACAUCUUAUCAUAGUCAACAGAAUAUAAGAGGAAAUCUAUGAAAACAUUUCUUCACUUGAUUUUUUUAAUACAUGGCGUCUAUGCAUUGAAACAGUAUUGAUGUUCUCUUGUUUAUGAAUGUGCGACGUCUGCGGUAAAAAUAUGAUUCAUUAUUAUUGCUGAAAAGAAUUAACAGCCAUUGAAUAAUCAAACCUUCACCUCUUGAAAAUGUCAUUUAUUAUAUUUUCAAAUAUUCGGUGAUUUUAUCAUAACAAAAAUCUUCUUGUUUAAUUACUUUUCAUAUAUCCGAUUUUAUUUUUCUCUAUCAUAAAUAGCUGUACAAACCAUUUCAAUUAGUUAUUUUUAUUCUAUUUGACUAAUGACAUAUGUAAUAUUUUAUUUUCCAAGAACUUCUGAAAACAGAAAACAACAAAAACACGAACUGGAAAAAUUCUGUAUCGUUUGUCAUUAUGGGACACUUAUUCACUAUAGAUAUUGGCAUCAUCUGCUCAUUUAAUCUUUCAUACAAGUACUUCCUAUUCAGAACAAGUUAUUAUACGUAUACAUCUAUUUUAGAUAAGUAUCAAUCAUGCCU